GAUUACUCGCCAUUCGAGAAUAACAUAACCACAUCUAAUUUCCACUACUACUAGCUCCGUUACGGCCACUGUGGACUGCCCACGCUUUCCGGGGCAGCCCCCAUUCAACCUAUAGCCCAUUUUAACCCGGCGGGUUGAAAUCCUAGUAGCUGAGUUGCCAUUGCGCAUACCUUCCGGUUGGAAAAGCGUGAGGUAGUCGCGAUGUUCCCCGGUUACCAGCACGGCCAGCAUCAGCUGCCAGCCACCACAGCCCCUUAUGCCUCUCUCAACACGCAGACCAUGUUUCCUAGUGCGAAUCCCCGAUCGCGACAAAACUCCGACGCAAUGGACAUCUACAACGUAACAGAUCGAGAAUCUGUGCCAAGAGGCCACUCUGGAGACCGUUGGAGUAACAAUGGAUCACCCACAGCCAAUUCCAAGAACCAUUCCGACCAUUCACCAUAUGAGGAGAAUGGGCGACUGUACCACGGAUUUCGCAGAGGUAUUUAUAUGCUCCCGUGUGACGAGCAGGAGCAAGACCGCCUCGAUAUAUUCCAUAAACUCUUCACAGAGGCACGAGUCUCGGAUGGGCUCAUCUAUGCUCCGCAUCCGGAAAAUGGCCGGUUCCUCGACUUAGGUUGUGGAACGGGGAUUUGGGCAAUCGAUAUAGCCCACAAAUACCCAAAUGCACAUGUGGUAGGCGUGGAUCUUGCUCCCAUCCAGCCCUCUAAUCGCCCAAAGAACUGCGACUUCUACGCUCCCUGGGAUUUUGAGAGUCAUUGGUCGCUAGGGGAGGACUCAUGGGACCUGAUCCACAUGCAAAUGGGCAGCGGUAGCGUGGCCAGCUGGCCCAGUCUCUAUCGACGUAUCUUCUCCCACCUGCGCCCCGGGGCGUGGUUCGAGCAGGUCGAAAUAGAUUUCGAACCUCGAUGCGAUGACCGAUCCUUAGAAGGAUCCGCACUGCGUAGCUGGUACCAAUGGCUAAAGCAGGCAACAGAAGACACGAUGAGGCCUAUCUCUCAUAGCUCGCGCGAGACUAUCCGGAACCUGCAGGAGGCGGGGUUCGUGGAGAUCGACCACCAGAUGGUGGGGUUGCCGUUGAACCCAUGGCACCAGGAUGAACAUGAGAAAAAGGUAGCUCGAUGGUACAACCUGGCCUUCUCAGAGAGUGUCGAGACCAUCAGUUUGGCCUCACUCUGUCGCGUCUGCAACUGGCCGGUAGACCGGGUCAAGAGUCUAGCAGCCGAUGUCAAGUCAGAGGCUUUCAACAAAGAAAUUCAUGCGUAUAAUAUCCUCCAUAUCUAUCAAGCACGCAAGCCAAUCGCCAACUAAGGGAUCUCGCUCAUCUGUCGAACAUGCUUACGAGCAUGUUUAUAUUGCUGCUGCUUCAGCUUGCCCGAUGUCGCCUUGUCUGGGAGACCGCAAGCUCACCCUUCUCAGCACGACACAGGUCAUUUGACCUCUGCUUUUUCUCUUUUUUUCUUUUUGCGUCGGGACAAUAUCCGAUCCACCGAACUAGA